GUACCCUAGCAGCAGUACUUCUCUUUAAAAAGGAAGAUAUUGCAGCCCCGUGUGUUCCAGUAAUAGUUCAGUCUUGACCAUUUGCAUGCGAAAAAUGGAUACAAGGGGACGAGGUUCUGCGGUUUGCGGCGAAACCUGCGGCUGUCCUGUUCCGUGCCCCGGCGGUGUUGCUUGUAGGUGCACGCCCACGAGUGUGCCUCUGACUACCUCAGCCGGAGACGAGCAUAUGACAUGCUCGUGUGGGGAGCACUGCGGCUGCAACCCUUGCGUAUGUCCUAAGAACGUGGACACUACUGGUUCCGGCAAGGCCUUCUGCAAGUGUGGUGAUGGUUGCACCUGUGCUACCUGCCAGACCUGAGCAAGAUCAGACUCAGCUGCUAUGUAUUAUAAUCUGUUUUUAGUUUAGCAAACCAAAAGCCUAUAUCUGUGAUGAGUACGUACGUAGCAGCUAGCUAGCAGAUAUACGUAGUGUUUGUGUGUAUGGUUGUAUGUGGUUUCCAGAGAUGUGCAAGUGCUGAGUUUGCUUGUUUACGCAAGCUAACUAUGUUUUAGAUCAACGUCCUGUUGCUUUUGUUU